AUGCCAGGAGGGAGGAAAGGCCGCGUUUGGUCUCUGCGGUGUGUGUCUCCACGUGCCACGCACUCCCCAGGCCCUCCAAGCCCUGAUGACCAGCCAGCCUGGGCGCUGGAGACGGAGGCCUGGGGCAAGGGGCCACGGCGAGUCCCAUGUCUCCCCUCUGGACUGUGGAGGCCACAGGGGCCCCUCAGUGACCUGGAGGAGGGUCCUCUCGGGCCAUCACAACCAGGCCCCGUCACCUUCAGCAGCACCGUGACCACCUUCAGCCCGGAGCCCGUGUGGGCAGACUUCCUGAGGCUCUGCCGUCUCUUCAGGCCCGGCCGGGCGCCCAGCCCUCCGCCCGCCUGUUCGCUCGGACCCUGA